CUUAUAAAAGCAGUAAACAUGGCGGUGAAGAGGAAGAACAUUGCGGAAGAAACUGUCAAAAACGAGCAGUGGUCCGAUGACAACGACAACAUGUCAACGACUGAAUACUGCGAGCGGCUGCAGCAGUGGAUGUGGCGCUAUUACAGUGGCUAUGUGAGCUGGCAGAGCUGGGUGUUCAUGACCGCGCCGCUCUGUCCUCCGCCCCCCGGCGGCUGUAACGCGACGCCCGCUGACAUCGCCGCUCGGUGUCCCCUGACGAGCCGCCCAGCAGCCGCUUCCACAUCCAGCAGCUCUGAGAGAGCACCAGCACAGCCGGCAGGUAGAGAGUACACUAUCCCCUCCCCGCUCCAUAGAUUUCUGGCAGAAACUGUGGAUUUCUUCAUUCUCUUCUGUGUUAAGGCAACCAUAGUGCUGUGGAUCAUGCAUCUCAGUGGAAUGAGAGAUAUUUCCAAAUUCAUGAUGCAGUUUAUCAUGGAAGAGAUUGAUGAGAACACAUCACUGGAGGACCUGCAGAAGAUGAUGGUCGUGGCCUUAGCAUACAGAGUCCUAGUGUGUGUCUAUGAAAUCAUCUGUAUUUGGGGAGCUGGAGGUGCCACUCCUGGAAAGUUCCUGCUGGGGCUUCGAGUCGUCACAUGUGACACGACAGUCCUAGUGCAGCCCAGUCGGGUUUUGGUGGUACCGGCAUCCAGUGUCAGCUUAUCUGCCUCCACAGUACGGGCUUUAAACAAAAACUUCUCCAUCGCCUUCCUGUUUCCAAUCUUCAUCACGUUACUAUUUUUCCAGCACAACAGAACUGUUUAUGACGUUGUGGCCGGAACCAUCGUGGUUCGGAGGAGAAGAGCCAGAUGACCAGUUUCUGUCAAAAUCAUGUGAAAACAGCCCCUGUCGAGCAUCAAGUGCUUACAAAUGUUCUCAGUAGCUUUUCGAAUAAUAUCCAUAUAGUAUUUCCUUCAGAUUUGCACUAAUGAUCCAUGUACAAAGUCUGAUCACAUAGCUAUUGUUUACAGCACUGAGAAGUAUCUGCUUUCAUAGAAAAGUUACGGAUCCCUCAACAGACAGUAUAGUAGUUCAUGUUGAAUGAUGAGUGAUAACAAGCUCAAGACAUGUGUUUUAUGUAGGCAUGCUUGGACAUUUUAUCCGAGUGGAAUGUUUCACUCUAAACACCGGCUUAAUCCACAAGGUUUUCAUAACUUCUCCUCAGCUUCAAGCUUUACGGCCCAGACGAGUCUGUUAUUAAUCUUACUAAAGGCUGGGAAGUGAGCUCGGCAUUCAAUGCGUAUCCUUCCACACAUGCACACAGAUGUCCGGAAUAUUCCAUAACUGUUGUCAAUUCAGUCAGAGGCUGAUAUGCCUCACUACAUUUCUCAGGGUUUCUUAAAAACCUGUUGUAUGUGGCGUAUGUUUCAGUUCUGAUCUUUGAUAUGCGCAGUGUUAAGUAUUGUAUUUUAAAAUUCACAGUAUUCAGCAUGCCAACACAUCAGCUUUUCUGAUUUAUCAUUGUGCAUGGUUCAUAAAAAUAUAUUCAGAUUCAUUAAGACAAGGUUUGAUACUCAACAGCAGUGUAUUUAACACUUCCUUGUGUAUUUUAUGCACAAAUAAUGUUAAAUCCAACUGGCAUGUGGCUAAAUUAAAUCAACCCCUCUGGGAUACAUUAUCUUUCUCAUGUCAUGACUUGUGUUUAGAUACUAGUAUAUUUUUCAUUAAUAUUUUGAAUGAAUUUUUAUUGUUUUACAUUUCCUAGUUUCGUUUUAAUUUUAGUUAAAGUUUCAGUUAUUUUGCUGUUUAUUAUUAGAUU